AUGGAGGCGGACCACAGCUCCCAGCUGCGGCAGCUCUUCCGCUCCUGCGACCGCAAAGGCCGCGGCUACAUCGGCCAGCAGGAGUUGCGCGACCUGUGCGCUGGCUUCGACAUCACCGCGGAAGAUGCCGACGCCAUCUUCAGCGACCUAGACCACGACGGCGACGGACGCGUUACGGAGGAGGAUUUCGAGUGGGGUUUCCGCCACUUCCUCCAGUCGGACGAGGAGGGUUCUGCAGAGGACUCGCCGGUAGGCAGGCGGUCGGCCGGCGCGGCUGCCGAGCGUCGACAUUCGCACGCCUGGCCGCACCUCGUGGCCGGCGUCGGCCACAGUGCCAUCAAGGAGCUCCUACAGACCAGCGGGCAGAAGCUUGCGGAGCUAUAUGAAGAUCUCCAAACCACAUCAGUUUCUCCGGACUUGAUAAAACGUUUCGACGGGGCAUUUACGAGUUUACUCCAAGAUGUGAAGAAAAUUCAACAAGAGAGGAAGAAAUUGGAAGAAAUGUUCUCCAGGGAAAAACAAUCGCAUUUGGAGCAUCUAAGAAGUCUUGAAGAAGAACUCGAUGUCCAGGUCGCACGCAUAGAACAGAAGGCCAAAGAGGAGGCAGAAGCAAGAUUUGAAGCUGAGAAGAGGUUGUUGAAGGAAAAAAUGGAAGCCGAAAUGGCCGAACUGCAACUCCACCUAAAACUAUUCCAAAAGGUAAAUGCAGUCCUGAGCAAGAAGCAAGAAGCAGCUAAAAUCCUCCGUCACACAGACAAAGACACCAACAGUGAGCUGCACAGCUCACUCGUUGACACUAAAACAACUCUAGCAGUGCUGAGGGCUGAGAUGGCGCAGCUGAAAGCAGAGUACGAAGUGAAGUGCCGAGAACUGCAUGAGCAACAACAGACGACCUACGCGUUUAUCAACCAGAAUGAUCAUAUUUAUAACCAAAUUGGUCUGCUUCAUGAAGCAAAUCUCAAACUUCAAGACACCAAUGACAAUCUACUCUCUGUAAUGGAUACAGGUGGACCAUUUUUAUCUAGACCUGCUUCACCUUGCACCAGCAGUAUAGGACUGUGUUCUUCAAGCAUAGCACAAAUAAGUCGAAGUCCUGACCCUUCUGAUGUCAGCACUGAUGCAGAUUCAGCUCCACACAGCCUCAGCAAUAUGAAGUCUGACUCAGAUGAUGAGGCUGUACAGAAAGUGAGAAGACUUGAUGAAUAUGCUUAUGGAAGAUCUGUAAAAAUCACUACUGAUAUGGCUGGUAAAAAGUCACUUCAAGAAGAAAUUUGUGAAGCCGUGAGGAAAGAGGGAAAUGAGUCAGAAGACAGAAAUGAUUUUCACAUUUCCAAGGAACAUGACACCAUUUACAACAAACAAGUGUUGUCUUCUGUGGUUAAUGGAAGAACACCAAAUACAAAGACCCUGUCCUCCUUAGAACCUGAGGGUCCAGUUGACAGAACUUUCAAAAUAGUAUUUGCUGGAGAUGCAGCAGUUGGAAAGAGUAGCUUUAUGUUUAGAUUUUGUAAAGGUGUUUUCAUUAACAAUAUGGGAUCCACCCUUGGAGUUGACUUCCAAGUAAAAACCAUCAAAAUAGACAACAGAAAUGUUGCAUUGCAGCUAUGGGAUACUGCAGGACAAGAACGUUUCAGAGCUAUGACAAAAGCAUAUUUUCGCCGUGCUGAUGGAGUAUUGUUACUUUAUGAUGUUACAAAUGAAAGAUCACUAUUAAAUGUUCGCCGUUGGAUACAGAACAUUGAUGACUAGUAUGACAAGGAUGGGACAGGUAGUCAGCCAUGGCAUUAUAAAAGGACCCAUUUGCCUGAAAUAGGCAAAAUGACAGGG